GCUCGCGUCUUGUCCCAGGGCCUCCCUGAGGAGCGGCGGUGGCGGUGGCCGAGCCCGCCCCUCUCCCAGCCUCCAUCGCGGCUGCCCGCCUUCCUCCUCCUCCUCCUCUCCCAAUUCCCAUCCCCAAGCAAGGCGGAGCUGGAGAUUGAACCUUCGGCUGCCGCUACCGCCGCCACCUCUCCGCCCGUCUCCCAGGCGCCCGAAGCGAGACUGCCACCCCCUUCCCUCCCGGUGCUUCUUUCGAGGGGGCGACGCGGGGGCAACAAACAAGGGGCGGCGGGGGUCGCGCCUUCUCCGGCGGCAGCAGCAGCAGUAGCCGAAGCCGCAGCAGCGCCCUGACGAGGAGCGCCACAAAGGAGCGCCAGCGGCGGCGGAGCUUUGCGCCGCCUGCGGAGUCGCCAUGAGCUGGGGCACGGAGCUGUGGGAUCAGUUUGACAAUUUAGACAAGCACACACAGUGGGGCAUUGACUUCCUGGAAAAAUAUGCAAAAUUCGUUAAAGAAAGGAUAGAGAUUGAACAGAAUUAUGCAAAGCAAUUGAGAAAUCUGGUGAAGAAGUACUGUCCUAAACGUUCAUCCAAAGAUGAAGAACCCAGGUUUACCUCAUGUAUAGCCUUUUAUAAUAUCCUUAACGAGUUAAACGACUACGCGGGACAGAGAGAAGUAGUAGCAGAAGAACUGGGACAUAGGGUAUAUGGAGAACUGAUGAGAUAUUCCCAUGAACUCAAAACAGAAAGGAAAAUGCACCUUCAAGAGGGUCGAAAGGCUCAGCAGUAUCUUGACAUGUGUUGGAAGCAGAUGGAUAAUAGUAAAAAGAAGUUUGAGAGAGAGUGCAGAGAAGCAGAAAAAGCACAGCAAUGUUUUGAGAGACUGGACAAUGAUACUAAUGCCACUAAAGCAGAUGUUGAAAAGGCAAAGCAGCAAUUAAAUCUCCGUACACACAUGGCUGAUGAGAACAAAAAUGAAUAUGCUGCCCAGCUGCAAAAUUUCAAUGGUGAACAGCACAAGCAUUUCUACAUUGUCAUUCCUCAAAUCUAUAAGCAUCUUCAGGAAAUGGAUGAACGAAGAACCAUCAAACUUAGCGAAUGUUAUAAGGGGUUUGCAGAUUCUGAGCGCAGAGUUAUCCCAAUAGUCUCGAAAUGUUUAGAAGGAAUGACUGCUGCGGCAAAAUCGGUUGAUGAACGCAGGGACUCUCAAAUAGUAAUAGACUCCUUCAAGUCUGGUUUUGAACCUCCUGGAGACUUUCCAUUUGAAGAUUACAGUCAGCACAUUUACAGGACUGUUUCUGACGGAACAAUCAGUACACCAAAGCAAGAAGGGGUGAAAAUCGAUGCAAAAACCACCGUGGGCAAGGCUAAGGGCAAGCUGUGGCUUUUUGGAAAGAAACCAAAGCCGCAGUCCCCUCCCCUUACCCCUACUAGUUUAUACACGUCCAGUACUUCUAAUGGUUCCCAGUAUCCCUUAUGCUCGAUUGAACAAGUCCAUUAUUGCAUGAGUGAGAUAAAAACAGGGAAGCCCAGAAUUUCUUCUUUCAGAAGCCUCAAAAGAGGGUGGUCUGUGAAGACGGGCCCUGCUCAAGAAGAUUUCAGCCACCUGCCUCCAGAACAAAGGCGGAAAAAACUGCAGCAGCGAAUUGAUGAACUUAACAGAGAACUACAAAAAGAGACAGAUCAGAAAGAUGCGCUCAUAAAAAUGAAAGAUGUAUACGAGAAAAACCCGCAAAUGGGUGAUCCGAGCAGUCUUCAGCCAAAGCUGGCUGAAACUAUGAGCAACAUGGACCGCCUUCGAAUGGAAAUUCACAAGAAUGAGGCCUGGCUUACUGAAGUUGAAGGUAAAGUAGCAGCAAGAGGAGACCGUAGACACAGCAGUGAUAUCAACCACCUCGUAACCCAAGGACGAGAGAGCCCUGAAGGGAGCUACACCGAUGAUGCCAACCAAGAAGUUCGAAGCCCACCCCAGCAGCACGGCCCCCAUAAUGAAUUUGACGACGAGUUUGAAGAUGACGAUCCCUUACCAGCCAUAGGACACUGUAAAGCUAUCUAUCCUUUCGAUGGUCACAAUGAAGGCACUCUGGCGAUGAAAGAAGGGGAGAUUCUGUACAUCAUAGAGGAAGAUAAAGGGGAUGGGUGGACUAGAGCCCGGAGGCAGAACGGAGAAGAAGGAUACGUGCCAACAUCCUACAUCGAUGUAACUCUAGAGAAGAACAGUAAAGGUGCAGUAACCUAUAUCUAACCUCCAGCCCGUCGGCUUAACAAUGAACAUUCCUUAAAGAAUCCUGAAGCACACAGAUGGAUGGAAAGUGUUAAGAGCGUUCGGGAAGCCUUUCAAUCUGUUGUUCACCAUGUGAGCUCGUCCGGGGAUGUCUGUACUGAAGCUGGAAGAACGUCUGCCUUUCAAUGAGUCUCUUGACACAGCUUUGGCCAGUGCCAUGUCCAUAAGUCUUCUUUCUCUGCCUCUGUCUGCUUCAGGGCUUCUAAGCAUUAUCCUACAAUCAAUGGUUAAUCUGUUAUGAUUUUGAUGGUUUAUUUUUUGGGGAGGAAAACUUUUUACUGGCUUAAAUGUUUUUUAAAAAAUUGAUCACUAUUACUAUUAUUUCCAUGGCAUCAGUGUAUACAGUCCAUUAGCCAACCCUUGCCCCCUUCCCAAAUCCACCCCCCCAAAAAAAACAUUUUCCAAUACCCAGCUAAUAACUAUAAGCCCAGUGCAGUGAAAAUGGCCCUGCUGCAAAUAAAGUGGGCAAGCAGAUCUGCUUUUGCUUUUCUGAAUGCAAGCCUUUCUUCCUUGUUCUCUUGCCCUGUUCUGCAUUGUGCAUGGAAAACGGCUGACAAUCUAGUGCAAUGAGGUGCAGUUCAGAAAACAAAGAAGCCAUUUCUGCUGUGAAUGUACAAGCCAUUGCUUAGGUGUAAGAGGUUGCUGCUAACGUUUACAAACGUGCCUGUCGCGUACGCAUUAUUGCAGUUUUUACUUUGCAAAAAUCAACGAGCGGCACUUUCCCAUCCUACAAAGGAUGAAUGUGGAAGGUAGCUGGGGAAGUGCAUAGCUAGUAACUGGGGACUCCGCAGGCGUGCAGCAUUCUGAUGUGCCCCUCUUUACUUCGUUCCUACCUGUUAAGAACUUUGAAUGUAACGUGGGUUGCUGAAAUGACUUCCUUCUCCUUGGGAUUCCUGACGAGGUUAUUCUGUCGGUAAAAGGCAACUUCCUCUUCUCUUGCACUGACACUGAAAAAACAUCUCUCCUGGGAAAUAUCUGUUCCAGAAGUCCAGGCAACGCUGCAUCUCAAUUUCAUGUGCACAAAUUCGGUGUGGACCACCCCAUUCAGUCCACCAGAAGGAGCAUAUCUCAUACGUGAAGGAAGGUGGAUGCUGAUGAGCUCCCCUUUGCUCAAAUGAAAAUCCCUGUGUGCACAUUGGAGCGCCCGGGCCUGGAAUAGAUCGCUGGACUCUGAUGAUAGUCGCUGAUGCACCUAUAUAAGUAGAAUUUUCUAAGUGCUACUAGAUAACCUGUACAUUUUCACUUGGGCUGGGGAGUUAUUCUGGUAGCAAAGUUGCACUAAUUUGCUACUGGAUGAACUGCUGUCUGGAAGCUAGGAAUACGUGAAAAGACUUGGUGCCAUUACCUGUGCAUAGGAUUUAUUUUCUAACCAUUUAGAGGGGUUAUUUUAUUUUAUUUUUUACUUUAUUCUAUGAGCACACUUCUCUCUCUGAAGGCCUCUGGUAAUUCUGUUCUUCUCUUUUUUCCUCUUGGACUGCAGGUUCCUGAAGCGGGUUUCUGAGAAAAUGGGCGAGAUGUUGAAGGAGGUUACAUGCAGCUGCUUUUUUUAUUUUUAGGGGGGUGGGCGAGGGAAGGAAGGGGGUGGGGAGUUAGGCCCAGCAAGAUGGGCAAAAGCCAGUUGCAUGAAGGCAUGCAGGCAAACAUGACUCACUAACCAUGUUAGCAUCCCUCUGUGUAUUCAAAAUCGUUACAGUAAAACCACAGCUCCAUUUCAGCAGAACCAAACCACCUGAAAACGCAUUCCUUUUGUGGUUCUGAAAAAGCCCUACUUUUGCUGUCUGCCCGUUGCAUUGCCUAUUGGCUGUUUCGGCUGCCUCGUUUCCCAUGCCCAUUUUGAGCUGGCAUUGAAUUGAAGCCAUGUCAUCCUUCACAGUCUCUGCCUGUGCCACCUCCAUUCUCGCCCUAACCUCCUCCUGCAUGUCUAGAUACGUAUCAGGACUGCCUGCCUAAUGUUUUUGUAUUUCCAUAGCUCUUCCUCCUCUUCUGCAUUCGUAGCAAAACCCACUUUACUGUAGUUCUGUUAUCUCCAGCACUAAAGUUUGUUUUCCUUUUCAUUUCAGUUUCCACUUAAUGCUGCUAUUGUUACCUUUAUCUUCUCAUUAUGACCAUCAUCAUUACAUUCCAGUUCUUCUUUUUUGUGUUGCGACUGAUGUGCAAAAACCUAACAUUCAUUUUGAUUUGGGGGAAAGGAACGUGUCCCAGCAGCCCAUCCUCAGCACCUCAAUAACCUGUGAGCACUGAAAAGCCUGAGAUUUAACAGCACAGAUUUUUUUUUCCACCACAAGACAAAACGACUGUUUUCAGAAGUGCUUGCCAUUCAGAUGCUGCCUUAAAACUCUCGAGUGCCUAAAUCUGUUGAUUGCCAACGCUUACCACUUCAGUAUCCCACAAAGGGCUCUGAGCCUCUGCUCCGAAUGACCUCCUGCAUCUUUCUACAGUACUACAGCUGCUGGUAGCCUUGGCAGAUGCUUUCUGGGCCUCUGCCACAACAUGAUACAUGGUGCAUUGUAAACGUUAUGCAUUGGAAGCAAAACACAUGUAUCGUUUUCGUUUUAUGUCUAAAGAAUGUUUUUAAUAGGAUUUUUAUGGAGCCUUUUUUUCUCUCUCCUUAAUUGUCUCUUAUUUCUUGAGUUGGCGGGGCAGGGUUGGGUUGGGGAAAGACUCCAGUUUCUAAUUAACUGCAGUGCUAGUCUGUUUCCAAGUGACGCUUCAUUGUAAGGACCAUUUGAAAAAUUGGAGUGAUACUUUGUAAUGAUCUAUGUGCACUUUUACUUGUAAACAUUUGAGAUAUGAGAAAUGUUUAUACAUGUAAAUAUCGUUGUCUGCAGCACACACCCCAUAUUGCCCAUGUUGUUUUGUCUGCCAUUUGUGAGUUCUGUUAAUGAAAUCAUCCCUACAUCUAAAAUAAAUAGGGGAAUCUUAGAAUAUGGGGAGUUGGGAGGGAGGGAGGAACCAUUUAAGUUAAAAGCUUCAUUGAUCCAGCUUUUUUUGCUGUUUGUGGUAAUGUUAAAAACAAACCAACCGGUUUUCUAGGGGUGGGGUGGGGGGGUGAAGCAAUAUUUGGACACAGCAGUGCUGGAUUCCUUUAGAACUUUUUUCAGUGUUAUUAGGAAUUGUACUACCAGUAAAACUAAAAUCUGUGUGACUAUUGUGGUCUCUUCUUUUUCUUAUUAAGUGUGCCACUAUUACGCAAAUGACAUAGUGUAUUUGCAGGGGCGGCGGGGGGGGAAUUAAACACUAAAGGUUAGAUUUUUUCGGAUAUUGUAAACAGGGUUAUUUAUAUGAUGUGACCUCUUUACUCAUUACUGACAAAACUACAUUGUAUUAGUCAUUCAGCUUUUGGGUUUUUAAAAGACCAACCUAGUGGGUUUGUUUUUUAAAAAAAGAAUAUUAUUAUUUCAAAGUUAAAUAUAAUGAGAAAAUGUUCUCAAUAUAACUUGCAGCCGAGAGCCCUGUAGAUUGUGCCUAAUGAACUCAUGGGCUUCUACUAAAUAACUCAUAGCAAAGGACUAAUAACCGUUCUUUCAUGCUACUGUUUUUCUAGGAACAGGAUUUGUUUCCUCAGGAGAUAUUCUUUCUGUGGUAAAAGGCACAGUGAAUUUAUGAGGGUUAUUACAUUUAAAGGGAGGGGGGAAUCUUUGUACUUGCACAGUUAGCUAAAAUCAUGCUGAAAUUUUGAACAUGAUGAAUUGUCUUGAGUCUUACAACUUUCCAGUAAUUUUUAAUCUUUUGUGCACGUGUUGAUUUUUAAAUGUUUAAAUGCUUUGUUAAAAAAUAGUGGUUCUCUUGAAAAUAUUUUCAUGGAAUUAAAAGCAACCUUUUCAUGGCCCGGACAAUUUCCUUGUCUUCUGUUGCAGGCGAAGGAAUAGGUGGCUUUAGGUGCCUCCCCUUUUUAAUGUUAACAUGCUCUUUCUUGGAAUAAGGCAAGAGCAUUCAUUUGGUUAGAAGGACAAAGCCCCCCGUUUUCCUGUUAGCGGGCCCAGUUCAGACAAGCAGAUUUAAUCCCUGGUGCCAAAACUAAGCCCCCAAGUUACCUGAACAAUUCCUUUACAUGAUCAUUUAACUUGCAGUUCUAUAACCCUUAACUUAGUUCCACUUGAAUUUCUUCACAUGCUUUAGGAAGGAGUUAGAGGAUGGAGCAAGCUGAGGGGCAAAGAACCUCUAGUAACAUCAGAGCCUUUCAGCAUGCCUGGGUCCUUGCAGUGUCUAGUUUUGUUUCUGGCUGCUGAGAGCAAUUCCAUCAUCCUUUAUCACUACCCUUGCUGCUUGGGGCUGAUGGAAGUUGGAGAGAGAAGAAAGUUCAGGAGCAAAGAUGAGCAGGUCAGUUCUGGACAGCUUGGGCCCCUCAGUUUAUCCACUCCCAUUUCACUGAGGCAAAAAACAAAACAAAACACUUCCACCAUGAGAUGCUUUAAUUCACAAGCACAUGUACAAGUUUCCCUAUCCAUUUUAAGGGAUAUCAUACAACUGAUACCUUCUGCAAAGCCAUUCCUGUAACUUCUAGUCUUACUUACAUUACAGUUUAUUAAUAACAUUAUUUGAUGCAAGACUAAAAAUACUCUAAUAAAACCACUGUGUCAGCAAUACUUUACGUAACAGGACAGUGUCUUUGUUGAGCGAGAGAUAAUUAAAGAUAUCCGUAAUAAAUAAAUAAUGAUUUCUUUGUAAAUCAGUAGUCAAAUCUUAUUAGGCAACUAAAU